UUUGGUCAUUCGGCCGGAUUUAUGUACCGCACACCACCAGCGCACAAAAUGGUAGGCACCCGAAGUACUGCACGCAAUAAGGACUGCAUGCAGACGGAGCAGCAUCCUGGUUCUGAACAGUAUCAAGAUACGCCACGGCCGAGUAAUAUGAAGCCUACAGAAGAGAAGACGGUGACCGUUAUGAGCACAAAUUCAAAAGCGGGUACUUGUAAAGAAGAAUGCCAACCGUCGACGCCCGUUACAACGAAGCGUGCAAAGUCCACGAAGUCUUCGUAUUCAUCUGUACUGGCACGUAAAAAGCAGUUAGAACUCGAUGCUGCACAGAAGAAAGCUAAAAUUCAAAUGGAAUUAAUUGACAAACAAUUGGAAGCAGACCUAGCUGAUUUAGAAGCAGAAUACAGUCCAGACCUAGAGGAUAAUCGCACCAACAUUAAUAGUAAUGUGGAGAGGUGGGUCGAGCACAGCCAGCAAGAAUUGGAAAACACACAGUUUGCCCACGAUCAUGGUUUUCAACAGGGUGACACGUGUCCGCCAGCAAUAGAUUCUGGCACUAAUGGUACUACAGUUCAGAUGCUAGCAAGCGCUCUAAAGAACAUGGCCGCCGCCUCUGCGAAUAGCAACUCGAAUGCUAAACUAUUGUCUCGAUUGAGCACGCCGAAGGAUUUGCCAUACUACUCAGGGGACCCCAUGGAAUGGCUGCAAUUUAAACAGGCCUAUGAAGAAUCGACUGAAGUCUGCAACUUCAAUCCGAAGGAAAAUUUAUGGCGUUUACGGAAAUGUCUACGUGGAGCCGCAAAGGAAGCGGUAUCAGCUUUACUCAUCAGCGCCGUAACUCCUGAUAAAUUAAUGGCGACACUGGAACUAAGGUUCGGUAAUCCAGAUAUAAUUAUAUCACGCUUGAUACAAGAAUUAAAAAAGUUACAUCCAGUGUCACAAGAAUAUCAAAAGGACAUAGUGUACUUUGCUGUGAAAGUGCAGAAUUUCGUGGAAGCAACACGAGCCGUCGGCCGCCAGGAAUAUUUACAAGGUAUAGAUGCAUUUACAUUAUUAUUAUCUAAGAUGCCAACUGUUCUUGUAUCUAAGUGGUCAGAUUAUAGUUACACACUGUUACUAGAAAGAAAGAAAUCUAGAUUAGAAUUAUUAUCCGAAUUUCUAACUCAAGAAGCAGUAAAGAUUUCCACAACAUCUAACUUAUGCUUAAUAAAUGCACGCAGCGAUAAAUAUAAAAAUUAUGAUAAUAAUAUAAGUAGCAGAUCACAUUCUGUUUUAGUACUGAAUGAUAAGUGUCAAUACUGUCGUGUUUCAAGACACGAUUUAACAAAAUGUACGCAGUUUAAAAAAGCGCUAAGAAAAGAUAGAUGGCGAUACAUUAAGCGUAACAAUCUUUGUUACAAGUGUUUACUGUCAAGUCAUGAGCGCGAAACAUGUCCGGCGCCCGCCUGCGAUAAAGAUGGCUGCGGCGGAGCGCACCACCGGCUUCUGCACUACCCCGUACCCACCGGGUGCAGGACUAGCAACGUCACCGCCGAACAAGUGAACGAAUGUCCACCCGUGAGUGAAACUGUGACCCAUAUUAACGUAAAUAAUCAACAAGUGUUAUUAAAAGUAGUGCCGGUAAAAAUUCGUGGACCAUACGGUGUUAUUAAUACCACCGCCUUACUUGAUGACGGUUCAACUGUGUCGCUCAUAGCUACCGAUCUCGCUAACCGCGCGGGACUGAGCGGCCCCAGCGACACAUUACGUAUGUGUGGUGCAUGGAAUAAUUCUGUAAAUUUAUGUAACACUACUGUUGUAACCUUUGAUAUUUUCUCUGUAAAUUCAUAUGAUAAUAAUGAUGUGUAUACUGUAAAAGCUCGUACCAUAAAUAAUUUAGAUUUGCCUAUACAAGAUUUAUCUACUGUUAAUUACAACUUGUAUAAAAAUUUGCGUAAAAUUAAAAAUGAAUUGUGUAUAAAAAAAUUGAAACCUGAAAUACUAUUAGGGCAGGAUAAUUAUCAUUUGUUAAUUCCUUUGCAAACUAGUUUAGGUAAUAAGAAUGAACCCGUCGCUACACGCACUCCCUUAGGUUGGUGUAUACAUGGUUGUUUAGGUAUACCGGAACAUAAACAAUCGUCCCACUCGACCCUCCUUAUCUCUGAGUUACACAGCUUACCAGUCGACGAGAGCGAGCGCAUGUUACGAGACAUCCAUGACGAGGUGCGACGGUCAUUCACCAUCGAGUCCAUGGGAGUGUCAGGUAAGCCACGGGAGAAUGCUGAUGAUAUCCGUGCCCUGACAGUGAUGGAGCAAACUGCUACACUCAUCAACGGCAGGUGGGAGGUUGGGCUACCAUGGAAAGAUGAAAGCUGCAGGAUGCCAAAUAGCUUCCCUAACGCUGUACGCAGAUUAAAAGGUAUAGAAAAGAAAAUUAUGUUAAAUACGGAAUAUGGUAACAGGUAUGUCGAACGUGUUAAUCAUUUAUUACAAAAUGAUUAUGCCAGAGAGUUGGAAGAU